CUCACGCAGCGAAUUUGUAUCAGUCGUGAUUUGGCUCUGUCAGUGAGAGGAACAACUAUUUGUUGUGCCACACACACAAAACACACACAAACGCGAACGCCAUAUAAAACAUAAAACAAACCUAAUCAAAUUACAACUACCUCAUUUUGCAACCGGUGAACUUUUAUAACAAGGAAAAUCAGUGAAAACCUCUACCUCAAAGUACAAAAGUGCGGGAAAACUACUUCAUAUCCUCGAAAGUGCACAAGUUGCUCAAAUGAAAAUUUGCUGCCUCGAAAACCAGAACUGAAACUAAGUUAAUCGAACUUCGAAAGUGAAUUGCAUUGGUGAACGAGAAAUUUAAAGGAUCAAGCACAGGAACACAAAUUGAUGGCCAUAUCAAUGCUGCAAGACGCCCAGACACGAAAUUUGGCAGCUGCAUUAGCCGGCAUCAAGCGAGAGGACAUCGCUGUUGACCGCUCCAUGUCGCUAUCGCCACCCAUGUCGGCCAACACAUCAGUCAACAGCGCCGCUGCAAUGUACCCAGCUAUGGGUCUCCAACAGGCGGCCGCUGCCUCAGCCUUCAGCAUGCUCUCGCCCACCCAACUCCUGGCGGCGAACCGCCAGGCUGCCGCUUUCAUGGCCCAGCUGCCCAUGAGCACACUGGCCAACACUCUGUUUCCACACAACCCGGCGGCCUUGUUCGGGGCUUGGGCUGCCCAGCAGUCGCUGCCGCCCCAGGGCACGCACUUGCAUUCGCCGCCAGCCAGUCCGCACUCGCCAGUGUCCACGCCUCUGGGCAGUGGCAAGCACCCGUUGAGCUCCCCCAACAGCACGCCCCAGCACCAUGAGCCAGCCAAGAAGGCCCGCAAGUUGUCGGUGAAGAAGGAGUUCCAGACCGAGAUCAGCAUGAGCGUAAACGAUCUCUACCACACACCGGGUGGCCCCAUUUCUCCGCCAUCCAGCGGCAGUUCUCCCAACUCCACACACGAGGGAGCGGCCGGAAAUGCUGGCAGCGCUGGCUCCAAGGAUCCAUCUCGGGACAAGAGCUUCACAUGCAAGAUCUGCUCCCGCAGCUUUGGCUACAAGCACGUGCUCCAGAACCACGAGCGCACCCACACCGGCGAGAAGCCCUUCGAGUGCCCGGAGUGCCACAAGCGGUUCACCCGUGACCACCAUCUGAAGACCCACAUGCGUCUGCAUACCGGAGAGAAGCCAUACCACUGCUCGCACUGCGAUCGUCAGUUCGUCCAGGUGGCCAACCUGAGGCGGCACUUGCGAGUCCACACCGGAGAGCGGCCCUACACUUGCGAGAUCUGCGACGGCAAAUUCAGUGACUCCAACCAGCUGAAGUCCCACAUGCUGGUCCACAAUGGCGAAAAGCCGUUCGAGUGCGAGCGCUGCCACAUGAAGUUCCGUCGGCGCCACCAUCUGAUGAACCACAAGUGUGGCAUCCAGUCGCCGCCCACUCCCGCUCUGUCCCCAGCCAUGAGUGGCGAUUACCCCAUGGCAGUCACCGCCAUGGCUCUCGAGUCGUCCUCCAACAAGUUCGCGGCCAUGUGUGCCAGCUAUGGAGGCUCGGAGGAGUCAGUCGACAUGGACAAGGGAGCAAUGGAGGACGAUGCCCCACUGGACUUGUCUGAGGACGGAGCCAGCUCUGUUGAUGGCCACUGCAGCAGCAGCGCACGGCGCAAGGCCCAGGACAUUCGCCGAGUGUUCCGCCUGCCGCCUCCUCAAAUCCCUCAUGUUCCCAGUGAUAUGCCCGAGCAAACCGAACCCGAGGAUUUGAGCAUGCACUCGCCCCGCUCAGUCGGCUCCCACGAGCAGUCCGAGGACAUCGACUUGGACGACUUGGACGACGCCGCUGCCCUCUACCUGCGCCACCACCAGCACUAGAGCGGCCCAGCAGCAGCCGAAUUGUACAUAGCCCGGAUCGGAUUCCAUUAGAUGGAAGCGACCGGCGAUGAUCCACACAAAAUUGAAAAUUUUGCCCCUUCAAAGUGGAACGUAAGAAUUGUUGCAACAGGAAUUUAAUGAUAAGUACAAGUAACAACCACAAACUUAGAUCAAUAAUAGCACAUAAAUCAAAAACAAAAACAAAAACUAAAAACAAAAACAAAAAAAUCACAAAAUUGUACAAAACUAGCUAAACUCGCCAUAAGCUUAUCGCCGCCAAACCCCACCAAAUCGAACCGAAAAUGUCGUGCCAUUCUAGCCCUAUUUUAAGUUAACCCCUAGGUUCCCGAACUAUCUGAAUUGUAUAUAUCCAGCUUAUGCAGCUGCCAAUUGUAAAUCAAAGGGAGGGACAGAAAUCGAGAUCUAUCGAAGGUUUAUUUAGUACGUUAGCUUAUUUUAAUAUAAUUUAAAGAAAUUCUGAAAGAAGUCAAAGCAACGCCAACGCCAACGCCAACGCCAACCAAUCAAAACUAACUUUAAGUUAUAAUAAUAAACACCUUUUACGCUAAUUGUUUUGUUUGACAUUACUCUUUGACCUAUUAUUUAAUCGACUAGCCCUUAGUACCGAAUUAAGUUUUAUUUGGCCCAACACAUUGCAUUUUAAGUUUAUAUUAAUGUAUUUGGUUAACGAGUUGCUGCAUGCAAAGAAAUAAACUCACCGAAGAACAUGAA